AUGGAGACUGACACCAUCAUCAUCGGGAACGGCCCGUCGGCCAUGAUCCUGUCCUACAUCCUUCAUGGUCAUAUCCCCUUGUAUUCUCCGGAUCCGCCACAUCCAGAUCCGUUGCUGCAUGCCAAGCUGAAAGAUGCCCCGGAGCUGCUGAAUAUCUGUGUCGAUACUUUGACCCAGCAUUUUGCUGCGUCUCGGCUGUCCUAUUCAACCCAGGCGUUACCCGUCAACGUCUUGCUAGACACUCUUGUGCGGCCCAGCGCUGAUAUCGAGGAGACAGAAAGCACGAGCAAUGUGCAGUGGCGGUUUAUGCCUGAGAAGGCUGUGCCACAUUUAGUUUUCGGGAAUGCUCCGCAGCCUGGUGGCCAAUGGACAGAGAAUCCCAUGCCUGCCAGCUGGGAGAUCCAGACUCUGAGCUAUGCCGCAAUGCUGUCUUUGCCGGGUUACUCGUACGCAGAGCACUACCGCAAGGAAACGGGCAAGGAUCUGCCUUUGUUCACUCGUCCCUCUAGGCGAGAGGUAGCGGAGUAUCUUUGUGCCUAUCCGGCUGCCGUUCACAUUGACAAAGUGUUUCGCAACGGGGAAACGGUGGCUGAUAUCUCCAGGACAGCCAAUGGCUUCUACAUCCACUCCCAUAAUAUUCACUGUAAGCGCUUGGUCCUGGCUUCCGGGAUUUUCUCCGAGCUGGUCCAGCCUUCACCACUCAUGAUACCCCUGGCGCAAGCCCAACCCGAUCCCCAAGUUCCCUUUCUCAUCAUCGGAUCGGGCUUUUCGGCUGCAGACGUAAUCAUCUCUGCGCCAGAUAACCAAAAAAUCCUCCACAUCUUCAAAUGGAACCCCGAUACUCGGCCAUCUCCACUUCGAGGCUGCCAUCAACAGGCAUAUCCCGAGUAUGCCGGAGUGUAUCGACUGAUGAAGCGGGCUGCCAUUGCUUCAGACCAAUCCGCGAAGAAGCGACCCCGCACUCGACGAGCUUCAUCCACACCUUUUCUUGAGAGCCGGUGUUGGGACCAAGUGUAUGAGGGCCUUGCCAAUGUCGAAAUCGUUAGAGUGGACAUGCGUGACGAAGGACAAGCCAUGGUCACAUUUCAACAGUCUGACGGGACGACCUUUACUCGGCUGGUUCGCGGGCUGGCGUACGCUGUCGGGCGUCGCGGCACGCUUGGUUAUCUCAAUGAGGAGCUCCGUACCGAAGUGCUAGGAUGUCCGAUUGAGGAGACCGGCGCCAACCCGCCCGUCUCCGGACAGACAUUACGCAGCAAAGCGGUGGAAGGCCUCGAAGUGGCACCCUCGGUCUUCAUCAUGGGCAGUCUGACGGGCGACUCGCUGAUCCGGUUCGCCUACGGAGGGUGUGUCUACACGGCCGGCAAGGUGAUCCGUGCGUACACAGGCGAAGACAUAUCCACACCAUCCCGACCGGCAACGGCCACAGCCUUGGCUGUCAUGAACGGCAUGGAUGGACACCACAUCCGGCCAGAGAUGUACGGAAGUGACGACGGCAAGAGCAUGCAGGACAGGAUGGCGGAGCCUGGGAAGCCUGGCUUUGUGGCCUGGUGGCACUCGCUGCUCCGCUUAUGGAGAUGA